GUCUGAGUCGACCUUUGAUAUAUCCAAUCAACGAGAAGGAAAUGUGACACCCCGCCAGGAAGGGGCGGGAUUCAGUGGCAGAAGUAGCCAAUGAGUGGAUGGAAGAUGUCCCUUCCCCCUCUGUGGGCGUGGCGGCGGGAACUCUUUUCCUAUACCGGAUGGUAGAGUCGUUUUUCCUCCAUGGAGCAUACUGAGGGCGUGAGGUGAGAGGUGGGCUACGGUGUCCUCUCUGGUCGUCCUCUCUGAGCUUCGCCGCGUUCCAUUCUCCAGGAAAGGUUGGCGAGCUCGAGGCGCGUGGCGAGCCUGGUAGCAGCGUUCUCAGAGCCUGUCUUGGCGCCCUCGGGACUGCGGGCUAGGGGUACUGGGUUCAACCAUUCAGAUGCCAUCAGAAGGAGAACUUGCCAAAACCAUCAGAGCUAUCGAUGGGAAGUCAGUUCAUCAAAUUUGUUCUGGGCAAGUGGUACUGAGUCUUAGCACUGCUGUGAAGGAGUUGGUAGAAAAUAGUGUGGAUGCUGGUGCUACUAAUAUUGAUUUAAGGCUUAAAGACUAUGGGGUGGAUCUCAUUGAAGUUUCAGACAAUGGAUGUGGGGUAGAAGAAGAAAACUUUGAAGGCUUAUCUUUGAAACAUCACACUUCUAAGAUUCAAGAGUUUGCUGACCUCACUCAGGUUGAAACUUUUGGCUUUCGGGGGGAAGCUCUGAGCUCACUCUGUGCACUGAGUGAUGUAACCAUUUCUACCUGCCACACAUCUGCAAAGUUUGGGACUCGACUUGUGUUUGAUCACAAUGGAAAAAUUGUCCAAAAAACCCCCUGUCCACGACCCAAAGGGACAACGGUCAGUGUACAGCAGUUAUUUUAUACGCUACCUGUGCGCCAUAAGGAAUUUCAAAGGAAUAUUAAGAAGGAGUAUGCCAAAAUGGUCCAGGUCUUACAUGCGUACUGUAUCAUUUCAGCAGGCAUUCGAGUAAGUUGUACCAAUCAACUUGGACAAGCAAAGCGGCAGCCUGUGGUGUGCACAAGUGGCAGCACCAGCCUGAAGGAGAAUAUCAGCUCUGUGUUUGGGCAGAAGCAGUUGCAAAGCCUCAUUCCUUUCGUUCAGCUGCCCCCUAGUGACUCUGUCUGUGAAGAGUACAGUCUGAGCUGUUCUGAUGUGCUGCCUGAUCUGUUUCAUAUCUCAGGCUUCAUCUCACAUGGAACACAUGGUGUUGGGAGGAGUGCAGCAGACAGACAGUUUUUCUUCAUCAACCGGCGUCCUUGUGACCCAGCAAAGGUCUCCAGACUUGUGAACGAGGUCUACCACAUGUAUAAUCGACAUCAAUAUCCUUUCGUUGUUCUUAACAUUUCUGUUGAUUCAGAAUGUGUUGAUAUCAAUGUUACUCCAGAUAAAAGGCAAAUUUUAUUGCACGAAGAGAAGCUUUUGUUGGCUAUUUUAAAGACCUCUUUGAUUGGAAUGUUUGAUGGUGAUGUGAACAAACUUACUGUCAAUCAGCAGCCACUGCUGGAUAUUGAAGGUAACUUAAUAAAGAUGCAUGCAGCAGAAAUGGAAAAACCUCAGCUGGAAAAGCAGACCAACUCCCUUCCGUUAAGGACUCAAGGGGAAGAGAAAAGGGUAGUGUCCAUUUCCAGGCUCCGAGAGGCCUUUUCUCUUCGUCACAACACAGAGACCAAGACUCGAGGCCUGGAGACUGCAGAUCUGAGAUGGAAUUCUCUGAGAGAGAAAGGAGGUGCUCCAUCUUUUGAUUCCUCAGAUCCUGUCUCUGGCAGGGGCUUACAGGGCCCUCAGGAAGACGUAACAAGUCCCAAGAAGAACUCUGGUGACUCUGCAGACAGGGUAGAAACAGAGAAGGACUCGGGGCACAGCAGCACCCCAAUUGGCUCCGAGGAAGAGUUCUGCACCCCAGAAACCAGGAGUCACUGUAGCAGUGACCAAGCAGCGACCUCCCCCGAAGACAGAUUUCCACAGGGAGGUGUGGACUCUUGUGAGCAACUACUGAACACAGACCGGCACCCUUCUGACAUGAGAUGCCAUUUAGACCAAGAUGUUGGAUAUAAAUUUAGAGCUUUGCCUCUGCAGACUGAUUUCUCACCCUCAGACACCAAGCGUUUUAAAAAGAAAGAAAUUCCUUCAAUUGCUGACAUUCCUCAAAAGUUGGUUAGUACUCAGAACAUAUCAGCGACUCAGGUUGAUGUAGCUGUUAAAAUUAGUAAGAAAAUAGUGCCCCUUACCUUUUCUAUGAGUUCUUUAGCUAAACGAAUAAAUCAGUUACAUCACCAAAAACAACAGAAUGAAGGUGAACAGAAUUUUAGGAAAUUUAGGGCAAAGAUUUGCCCUGGAGAAAACCAAGCAGCAGAAGAUGAACUAAGGAAAGAGAUCAGUAAAACGAUGUUUGCAGAAAUGGAGAUCCUUGGUCAGUUUAAUUUGGGGUUCAUAGUAACUAAGCUGAAGGAGGACAUCUUCCUGGUGGACCAGCAUGCUGCAGAUGAGAAGUACAACUUCGAGAUGCUGCAACAGCACACAGUGCUCCAGGCGCAGAGACUCAUUGCACCUCAGACUCUCAACUUAACUGCUGUCAAUGAAGCUGUCCUAAUAGAAAAUUUGGAAAUAUUUAGAAAGAAUGGCUUUGAUUUUGUCAUCGAUGAAGGUGCUCCAGUCACCAAAAGGGCUAAAUUGAUUUCCUUGCCAACUAGUAAAAACUGGACCUUUGGACCCCAAGAUAUAGAUGAACUUAUCUUCAUGCUAAGUGACAGUCCUGGAGUCAUGUGCCGGCCCUCCCGAGUCAGGCAGAUGUUUGCCUCCAGAGCCUGCCGGAAGUCUGUGAUGAUUGGAACCGCUCUUAACACAAGUGAGAUGAAGAAGCUCAUUGUCCACAUGGGCGAGAUGGACCACCCCUGGAACUGUCCCCACGGAAGGCCAACCAUGAGACACAUUGCCAAUCUGAAAGUCAUUUCUCAGAACUGACACUUCUCAUUUCCGAGAAU